GAGAAAUACAUUUAGGGCCAGCUCACGCUACAUGUGUUUCAGUUGCUUUUUUCUGCAUCCAAAAUGCACAGAAAGUAGGUUGUAUGGUUGUCAAUGUCAUAGUUCACAUCAGUGCUUGCAGUUUCAGUGCGUUCCAGUUGCAGAGAAAAAAAAAGAACAUGCUGCAUUUUUUUCUGCACAGAAUUGUAGUAGAGCGCACCAAAAACGCACUGGAAUGCACUAAAAACACACUGUAAUGCACAUGUCCCUAGUUAAAUUGAAGAAAAAGAGAGGGGAGAAAAAUGAACUGGAA